UUAAUACCAAAAUAAGCAUGUUCGACAACCCUGUUUCAUCACCUUGGCAGGAACAGCGUGCUCUAAAUGGAGGAUUUGUCAAUAUUUCGAUUCAAACUGUUUGCAAAGGUACCAUGAGUGAUCCUGUAUUUACUGCCCUCAGUGACCCAGAUCUACAUUUAUCGUGUGUAAUUAAGUCCAGCAAACUCAUCUCCUGCUCCUGGAAGCCUCACUCUUCUGCACACAUCAGCUUUUUCUAUAAUUUAUUUGAUGGGAAUGUUGAUGAUGACUCUCAUCCAUUACGAGAGUGCUCCCAUUACACAGACAGCACGAGGACGGGAUGUGACCUGCGAGUGAACACAUAUCAGUUCACACAGAUCAAUGUGCUCCUGAAUGGGACAGCGGACAAUAGGACCAUACGCAACAUAUACCAACUUUCAGCUCUUCCAUUAAGACUCUCCCCUCUGAACUGGACUGUUAAACCUUCAAGAGAGCAGUUCCACAUCAGCUGGACCCCUCCUGAGUUUUCAAAUGUAGUGUGGAAAUACUUUAUCAAAUACAUCGACUGUACAAACACUCCGGUUAUAAAAGAAAUCGCCACUGGCCUCUCUGCUGAAUUGAACCGCAUUCCUGAAUGCUCAUACAAUAUCUCUAUAAAAGGAGUUGUCGAAGAGAAUGGAGGCACUGAGUGGACUCUCGACAAACAUUACGAUGCAGUUUCAGGCCUUAACCCUAUGAUGUUUGCUGUCAUUCUGAUCCCUCUAUUAAUGGCAGCACUGGUAGUACUGUCCUUAAUAUGGUGUAUGAAAAAUAAGUCCAAAAUCUUCCCCAAAGUGCCACAGCCCAACCCAGAACUAUUUAAAGACAUUUUAAACAAUAAGAUCAACACUCUAGAUUUUUAUAUAACAAAAUCAGAGGAGGAACACUUGAACCACAUGAAUCUUGAGGUGGACUCCAAACUGAUCAAAUCACAACUUUGAACAAAAAAAAGACGGGAUCUCCCUGUGCAUUUCGGGUGUGUGAGGCCUUCUUAAGGGCAUACAAGUUUAAAAUGAUGCCAGAUAACUUUGUAACUCUUUGUAACCGCUCUUUAAGUAGACCGACAACCAGUUACAAAGAGGAAAAAAUGAACAAGAUCCUAAUGUUGUGAUGUGGCAUGAUAUAGAAUAUAACUAUAUUGUAAUAACAGCAUACAAAGAACAAUCAUAUGCUACACAUAUUAGGUAAAGGCCAUUGAGAUGUUUUCAAAAACCAUCAGAGGGGGAGACAUAGAGGAAACCGUACUGGACAGAGACCUUAUGCCGGGCGUCCACUGAGCAUAAGAUUUAUGAUCAUAUCUCAGGGUCAGGUAACUUUAUUUAUACCUGCAAGAAGAAUUGGUUUGCAGCUGGAUUCCAUACAAACAUACGUACAUACAAGUUACGGAAAUAAUAAUUACAGACAAAAAAUCUAAGGAAAUAUGAAAGUGCUUCACAGUGCUGAUCAGAACACAAUAAAACAAGAAAAAGAGCCCAUGAACAUGUCAGUAAAAAGUGUGUCCCAUAUGAAACAAUUAAGAUGCAGUAUACAGCUUAUUAAGCAAACAGCCACUGGAAUAAAGCUGUUUUUAAAGCGCUUAGCUUUAGCUUGGGACCAGGUACCCUUGCCCAGAUGGAAGGAGCCGAAAGUUGCAGUGCAAAGGGUGUCAUGUAAAAAAAAAUGGCCAUGGUAGUGCUGAAGCCAUGAGACCAGACCAAAUGAUCAAACAGAUUCAAUAAAAGUUUGAUAGAAAAGAGUAAUCAUGGUCUUAUCAAUAGAAAGGAUUUUUUUCUCAGACAGUGCAGUCUCUGGUGGCCCUUCUUUACCCCAGCUGCACAGUUCUCAUUGAAGUUCAGUUCUAAGUUUAUGAUUGUCCCAAGGCAUUUGUAUGACUCCACCCACUGCACGGUCUCCCCUUGGAUAUGUGUCACCUCAGGAUUGUGAGGGGUCUUUCUGAAGUUGAUGUUCAUGUCCUUGGUUUUGGACGUGUUCAGGUGAAGGUGAGACUCCUCACACCAUCUGGCAAAGCAUGAUCAUUUUCUUUUUUCUUUUUUUUUUUUUUUGAGAAGGUUAACAAUAACAGCCGCCUGCAUACUUAAAACAGAAUUAUUAUGCAAAAUCGACUUUUCAAAGCUUUUUUUUUUUUUUCAUUCAGCACCACAGUUUUCUAACAUGGAAGUCUGUUGACUUGUUUCUUUUAGUAUGUCAUUUUAGAUGAGUAUUGUGAUUUAAAAUGUGCAAAUUAUAACAUGAUCCAUGAGUGUCAUAGAUUAUAACUAUAUAGCAGACACACAAUAGGUCAUCUUUAAUAGUUGACCUGUUUCUGUACUUGCUUUGACACUCAUUAGAGUACCAGAUAAAAAGAAGGUGAGAAAAGACACACCCCUGGGGUGAACCUGUGGAAGUGCAGAGGCUCCCAGAUAAAAUGCCAUUCCCCCUUAAUUUUUGCUUUUAGUUUAUGAAAAAGUGUCAAUUCAACCAAGUAAACCAGAUUUAGUAAUUUUCCAAAUGUAUAAGAACCAUGUGUAACUAAGUAAUUGGCACCUUCCACCCCUCUGUGAGGUCUAUAAGAAAACUACAUGGGAUCAAGUAAAUGUUCAGUUUUCCUCAAGGUUUCUGACUUAUUUUCUCAAAGUAAAGGCCACUGGCCUAAGGUCAUUUAGAGUUUUAGGCACACUAGAUUUGGUAAUGGGGAAUCGUGAGUAUCUUGAGUUGUAGCAAAUAAUUAUAGGUCUCGUAAUCGUAGCGUGAGACUGGGAUAAAGAUCAAACUUAGAACCAUUGUACGACCAAAGAUGAGCUGUGUCUGAUAUUUUGGAAUCUUGGUCGCAGACUCUCAGGCAGGCUCUCCCCAUAUAAAUAUUUUGAGCUUUGGAGAUAUAGAAAGACUAAUAAUAAAGGGCUACUCAAACAUGUGUGAAAGAAACAAAACACAACUCCAGAUAUGUUUUGUAAGAGGUAACAACAUUCUAACAUGGCUUAAUGCUCACAAGAGUUCAUUUUACAUAAUAUAGGAAUCUAGUUGUGUCCUAUGUUUGCAUAUACUGCCUGUGGACACUUGAGUUAUUGCAGAAGAUAUACCUGGAAUGUUCAACAACAGGGUGACAGUAGCUCAGUUGGUAAAGUGCACAUCCACUGAUCGAAAGGUCGGUGUGCCACAGAUAAAUACUGUUAUUGUGUCCUUGGGCAAGACACUUAAACCUCCAGCCUCCAGUGUCUGAGUGUGUGAUUGAAUGGGUGAGUGGUUUCUUGAUGUAAGGCACUUUGAGCGACCAUUUAACAAUAUUGUAUUGUAUUGUAACAGAUCACAUUACCACGGCAGGUUACAGAUCUGUGGAGUGAAUAAAUGGGGAUCCAUUAAAAAAAUCCAUGGAACAAAAACAAGCACAUUUGCUAUAAAUUGUAUUCUGUUACACUGUAGUAUUUUUGUAAUAAAUUUACUGAACUUUGACUAUUGUAUCUCUUGGUAUCUAGAAAUGAGCUUAUUGUGUUUACUGUACAUUAGAAACCGAUUUGUUUCAGAUUUUGUUUAGUUGUGGAAUAGUUCAUAGUUACUCGGUUUGGGCAUUGAAAUUUCCCUGUUGUUUCUCCACUGUUGGACAAAUAAAGGUUUUCUUGUCUUA